AUGUUGCCUUUUGUGGCCAAGGGUAAGCCAGUCCGCUUGAAGAAGAUAUACGUGGUGGCUCAUGACUCUCUAUUAGUUGCCCGAAACCAAGAUCUUGGAGUUCGAAAUGCGUCUGAACAUAAACAGAGGCAUCAGCUUGACGAGUUUCCCACGGAACUGAUGGAUUUAAUUGCUUCGUUCCUGGAUAAACCCGCUUUGUGCGCGUUGCGCUUGACAUGCUCGACCCUCGAACGCGCAGCCAAAUACCAAUUCGGACGGAUCGGUCUUCACACACUACACACAGAUCUAUCAAAGUUAAGUCUGCUCGCCAUGGAUGAACUCGCCAAUACCUGUCGCUUGAACCAGCAUGUCAAGAAGAUAUCCAUCGGCAGCGCUACUGGGGACGUUUUAGGCUACGGCUUCAUUUGGUAUCGUGACAUCUUGGAGAAUGAGUACCUCAACUUCCUCCGUUCUUCGGACGGAUUCCUGAAAUUGAGGGCUGUCUUGAAGAAGUUCCCGGAUUGCCAAUCGUUCCACAUCUCGUUGUCCAAUCAGCCCGAUUCGGGUCCCUGGACCGACUGUCUCAGCCCCAGUGAUGCAGUGACGCUCGUGCUGCAUCUCAUCCCGUGCAUGGCAAGACCCGUCGAGUCUUUCAGCUGCUCCUACUCGGACUGGGACAAACACACGGCAGGGAUCAUCGACCCCAGAAGGUUCUGCCCCCACACCUUUCAGGUUGCCCGCUUCAGCCUAUGCUGGUCCACCCUCACCGAGUUAUGCUUACUUGCGCAGGUGAAAGACGUUCUUGUGGCUGACUUUGUGCACGAGCUCAUCGACCAGGCGCCCAAUCUGAAGAAGCUGGAAUUGGGCUGUGGUGGAGGCGAAGGAGUCGCAGCCUUGUUCCAACUACUGGGACAAGAGGGUAGUAACAUGGAGCUGGAGGUGCUCAAACUGUCGGGCGUGGUGGUCAUCUCGGGCCAGGACCUGCAGAACUUUCUUCUCGCCACCAGGAACUCUCUGCGCAUUCUGGAGUUGAGGGUUGUUCGCUUUGAGACUGGGCUCUGGGAGACGGCCCUGGAGAGUUUGAUGCACGAGUUUCCGGCCUUGAAGGAGCUGAUUUUGCUUUGGAUUACCGAUAGCACGACCGGCGUACGUAAUGCCAUUCUCCGCGUCUAUUCUCAUUGA